CGCACCCCCUCACCAAGACCUGUGAUAAUAACAAAAUAUUCCACUGUUCAGCACAAAAUAAUAUUAUUAUUAUUGUGUCUUGUAAUGACUCCGACUUGGGUCCUAGACCUUAGUGGCCACUAAUAAGUAAUAGUGCUAUAGCAUCGAAAACAGCGCGUGCGUCUCGUACAUGCAAUUGUAAAAUUGUUUACAUUAAUAAUAGUAUCAUUGUUUUAAACACCUGCUCGUGUGUUUUUUUUGUUGACAACAAUAUUCCGCCGUGCGACGUCUAUCCGCUUUUCGUCCGAAAAACCGAUCGGUCAUCAGUGUUGUCGCGUAGUGUUUAUUUUUUUGAUUAAUUAAUAAUAAAACGAUCGUUAGUUUAAAUCGCGGUAAGUCCACAGCGAAAUGGACGAUUUCGUGGUAUACUAUAAUGUAGUCUGUAAUAAUUGUAACCGUCGACGGACGACGAUAUUUUACUCGACAUGUCCGUGUCCCGAAAACAAAUCGAAUUAAUAAUAUGUAUUAUUUUUACAUCGUCGUUGGUCGCGGAUCUCCCGGUAAUCGGGAUUUAAUUGGUUAUCAAGAUGUGUUAAUAAAAAUUCAACCCGAUCCGUGUUUAAUCGAUUUUUUACGAUGUAUUGUAUCCAUUACUAUGCAUGCACUAUUGAUCAUCACGUUUUCAUUGUUUGCUCUGCUCUCGGCGAAGAGUUUAAAAAAAAAAAAUUCGUUCGUUUUAAAACGCCAACUGUUUUUGAGAAAUACCUACUGCGUUAUGGCGAGUCCAACAGCAAUGAGCUAAUGGGAUUGUGUUUGGAAUACAGUCUGUGUACUGUCGGUGUCAAUUAAUAAUAUUGCUUUAUGCCCGUAGUAUUUUUUUUGUUUAUUAAAUAAUCUGAUCGAGUCUGUAAUUUAUUAACUAUGGAUCUCUACAAGGUACAUUAUUCCAAUAUUUUCUUAAAAUCUACCUACCGCCUAUGGAUAACGAAUAUUUUAAUUUUAAUUUAUGACAUUUAUAUGUAAAAAUUAUUAAAAAGUAAAAACCCCAAAUACCCAAUUGUCUGAUGAUGAUUAAAAUGAUUGUACCUAAAUUAUUAUCUCCCUAAUUCUAGACAGAGUUGUACAGAAGUUGCAUUGAGUCCUGUUCAGUGGCGUAUAUUGGGCUAAAUUGUCAGGGUUGCAAUCAGUUUCUAGGUUGGACAGACUUUUGUCCCUAAAAUGUUUUAUUUUAUUCUAAAUUUAACAUUAUAAGUAGGUAGGUACAUAAACUCAAUAAAACUAUUUUAACCUUAAAGGCUUAAAUACAUAUUGUCAUAUUCUAUAUAUUAGUAAUUGGUAUAUAUAAUGAAUAUGCACUAUAAAUAGGAUAUAUAAUUACUUACUGUCAAUAAAAUAUGUAUAAUUUUCUUAUAGAAUAUAUGAAUACAUAAAAUACAACAAUUCUUUUAUUUUAUAAAAUUUAUAUUUUAAAUCACAGCUGCCAUUUAGAUUUUUAUAAUAUGUACUAUUUAUAUUUGUAUGUAAUAGAUACUGUUUCUGAAUAUAUAUAUCUGUACCUAUACAAUAUUUAUAGGUAUAGAUUAUAAUAUUAGUUGAUUCUUUACUUUCAGUAGUAAUCGGCGGCUUCUACAUUCUGCGGCAGCGCUGAAUUUUUCUAUUACUUCAUCUUUAUCUAUUGGAGAUGUUAUUUGGUUGAUAUGGUCCAAACCCACUUGAAAAUAAAAUUAAAGCUUUACAUUUUGUACUCUUUUGACCAGGAUCUUGAUUACGAUUGUCACUUUUCUGGAUAAAUAUAUAUAAUUAAUUUUAACAAAUACCAUACACAAUUAUUCAUUUUACCAAAGAGUAUAAAAAUUAAUGAAUAUUGACUAUUUUGUACAGCAUUCAAAAUUCUACAAAUUGAAAUUAUAAUUGUUUUAAUACUUGUUUCAUGUUUUGUAAUUGCAUGUUUAUUUAUUAUUAUAUUGAUAUUUCAACUUUUUGAAAACUGAAAUCGUGAAGUUUUGGAGUCAUAAAAAGAUACUCUUGCAACUGAUAUGUUCGUGCAACUCCCAGUUUACGCCACUGGCCCUGUUCAGUUAUUUUUAAACAAAAAAAAAGAUAAAAUCUAUUAUUAAGUUUUAUAAUCAAAUACAUGAGUUCAUAGGAUUUCAUAUUAUCUAUAUAUAAAUAUAUAUUUUUACUUAUAGGUAUUUUUUUUUCACUUUAAUUUUUAUCCAUAGAGAUCCAACAACCAUUAUUGUUUUGAAAAUAAGUGUACUUACAUUUUUAGUAUUGUAUUAAUUCAAGAAGUUAUUAUUUUUAUAGUUCUAUCGAUGGAUGAAGACUCAAUUAGUGUUCAUGGAUCUACUGCUGAUUCCAUUGAAGCAUUGGAUGAACUCCAAGUGCUUGACGAAAUUACAGAUGAAACCGACAAUAUUAUUGAAGGUGAUGACCAAUUAGAUGAAGAAUUUGAUACUAGAAGUGAAGCCAGUUCUAGUUCCAUUGAUGAAACUUCAACAAGAAAUAAGAUUAAAUCCGAAAGAUACAUAAGAAUAGAAGAAGAUAUACCAACUAAGAAAAAACCAUCUGAAGAAUAUUUAUCUCAACUAAAACUUUUGUUGAAGGAAGCUCGUUUUUUCAUUAUAAAAAGUAAUAAUUAUGAAAAUAUUGAGUUGGCUAAAAUUAAAAAUUGUUGGUCUACGAGACCAUGGAAUGAGACAAAAUUAAAUCAAGCUUUCAGAACAUGUAAGAAUGUAAUUUUGAUAUUUUCAGUUAAAGAAAGUGGUAAAUUUGCAGGGUUUGCUAGAAUUUCUGAAGCAGCUAGAUAUGAUUUGUCACCAGUUGAUUGGGUACUACUUGGAAGUCGUAAUUUAUCGGGUGUAUUUAAAGUUGACUGGAUUACUACAAAAGAGUUAGAAUUCAAUGAUACUUCUCAUUUAUAUAACGCUUAUAAUGAAGGAAAAACUGUCAAAAUUGCUCGUGAUGGCCAAGAAGUUGAUGCUAAGACUGGAUUGCAAUUGUGCUCAAUGUUUCUAGAAGACAAAUCAAUUGAUUUUCAGUACAUUUUAAAAAAAGCUAAAAAUCAUCAGCCCUCUAUAAGUACAGCCGAAUUACGACAACGACGUAGAGUGCUUGGUUUACCAGAUGAAGGACCAACAAGUAAAGAAUAUAUACAUGCUUACCGAUUUGGGAUACCACAUAAACAACCACCAAGAAUGUUAUCACAUCCAUAUUAUGUGCGCCCACCUUUGUAUCCAUCAUACCAAUAUAAUUUAAGCGGAUCACCAAUGGUACAACGUUAUUAUGAUGAUGUACCAUUGCCUCCUUUUCGGCUUCCCGUACAUGUACCAGAUACGUACGCAAGGCCAUUAGAAGAUUACUACAAAAGAGACCGAUUAGUUAAUCUCAGGGAAUAUCAUUCGAGUCAAAGACGUGAAAAAGAACGCCAUACUCAUAGACAUCGUUAUCAUUAAAGUUUUUAAAAAUACUUUCAAAAGAUCCUCCUUAGAUUACUAAUACUGAAAUAUUAGUAUUAAGAUUACUAGUCUUAAAAGUAAAUACAUUUUAUUGUUAUUAUUAUUUUUGUAUAAUUGGAAAUUUUAUCCUACUAUGAUAUUAUGUUGUUUAUUUAAUUUAUUAUUAUUAUAAUGAUUAUAAAUGGUUCUAAGUUAUUAUUUUGUACAAACAUAAGUGAUUAUUAAGACUUAAUUUUGCUUUUAGUAAUACUCUUAUUGUUUUAUGAUUUUGAUCAACUUUCAUUUCUCUUUUAUAAUACUUGAUUUAAUUUUUUACAUUUUUCAUUGCGACUAUAAGUACCAAUUUAAAAUUUAAAUUCAUGUACACAUUUGUAUUUGG